GAAUGGCAGCUUCAGGCGGUGAGGACGCUGAACCACGAUUGCGUGCAGCUGAAGUUCCGGUGCCUCGGUGAUGUUGCAAUUGACUCUAUCGCACCUGUUUGGCAUGUUGAUCUUGCAGCUGAACUUGGUGACCGCACAGUAUCCAGAGCAUACACGCCAGUCAGCACUGCCCAAGACUUUGCCAAUGGCGUGCUGGACCUGCUGAUCAAGGUUUACCCGAAUGGUGUCAUGACUCAGCACCUGGCUAGUCUCAAGGUGGGCGAAUGCAUAGCCGUCGCAAAGCCAAUUUCCACGCUGGACAUAGGCUUUCUAGCCGAGGGUGUUGUUGUCAUUGCAGGCGGAAGUGCUGUGACACUUGCCAUGCAGGUUUGUGAAAUUGUCCUCAAUCUCGAGGAGCCACCUGAGGUCCAUCUUUUGCUCUGUAAUAAGACUGUGGAUGAUGCCCUCUUCGCAGAGAGAUUCGAGCAGCUAUUGGAGACACAUCCACUGUUCCAUGUGACCCAUUGCAUUUCCAGGGAGAAGCCUCACAAAGCUGGUCGAGCUCUUUGGAAGCAAGACCGCUUGAAUGUGGCGAUCCUUCGGGGUCUGCCACAGCAAUUGAAGACCAUAGUCAGUGGACCUCCUGGUCUUUGCCGUGCCGCCUAUGAUGCCUUGUGGGCACUCAACCGCUUGGGCAAUACGCUUUUCCUGGAUGAGCUGCCAGAAGUCUCCUCUGCUUGCGCCAGCAAGCUGGUUGAAGGAGCGCCACCCAAGCGACAGGACCGCCCAAGCCAGGCCGGGCAGGAGGUAUUGAAGAGGGCAAAGGCCGCAAUGGGCACGUAG